GGUAUGGCAGUUUACUUCUGUCUUCUGGUGAAUUCUGUCGCCAAUGAUGUAGCAUUUCGUUUGACACCAGAGGAGCGUCGAGACUUGGUGAACUUCCAUCGUCGUCAUCGUUCAAUGGUUGAUCCACCAGCUGCCAACAUGAUGCUCUUGAAAUAUUCCACCGAAGUGGAGGAGGUGGCUUCAAAGCACUUGUCAUGCGAUACAAAGAACACUAGUAAAAUGGAAAUACAGGGCUACAACUGGAACAUGGCGUUGAGUGUGAAGAGGGGACCAAGUGUGGAAGACCUGGCUGCAGCUUGGGGCCAUCAAAAAGCCCAUUUUGACGCCAGCAAAGACGGAAGUUGCAUGAACUGUGGAGAGUACAAGAAGAUGAUUUGGGCGACUAGUCAGUUAAUGGGCUGCGCAAAAGCCGACUGCUACAAUUCGAGCUUUCUCCUCUGUCUCUACACUCCAGGUGGCAAUUGGUCGAUGGAACAGCCCUACAUCAAAGGCGACAGCUGUUCCGGCUGCGAGGCCAACGUCACAUGCAUUGAAAACCAAUGCAGUCCUGAAGGUGCAUCAAAGUCGAAACUUGGAACUUUCUUCUGGGGCAUCAUGGCCGCAAUCUUCUACACAUUUUUCGAAUAA